AUGUGUCGCGUUACCCCCAGUAGAUUUUCUUCCAAAACUUUGCCGGCGACAACAACGAUGAUAAUAACAACGGCAACAAUAACAACAACAGAAACGACAACGACAACAAGCACCAUUACGUCGACAACAACCAGUAAGUGUUAGGCUAAAUGAUUAGUACUCCAUGUAGCUGUUCAAGAGAGGGAUUGGUCUCACAAGAUCUGGAAAAUUUGUUUUUGAGACUCUGAACUAUCUCAAAUUUAGAUAACUAGGGCAGGUUAUAGCAUACAGAAUAAUUCUCGAAAUGAAAAGAUGGCUUUUCUACGGAGUUAAACUAAUUUUAUUUUUCAAAGUUCAGGAAACACCCAAGCAGACAAAUUUUUUCGAAAUCGCGUUUAAGCGCACAGAACAAGACGAAAAAUCUAGAAAAAGUGGGCGUGUUUGGAUGACAAUCAGGGUUCCCGACUGUGAGCGAAAAACGCCCAGUUUUCGCCCUUCUGGUGCGUUUAAACGCGUUUUCAGUCCUAAACGCGUGUAAAUGCAUCAAAAAAAGAGAAAAAGUGAUCAUUUUUCUCAUAGUCGUUAUCAGUGAGUCACUGGCAGGACGGGAUCAUAAAUAGGGUUCUCGAGUAUGAAAAAACGACCACUUUUUAUAUGCAUUUACAUGCGUUUUGGGCUGAAAACACGUGUGAACGCACCAGAAGGGGGGAAAAUGGGCAUUUUCGCUCACAGUGUGGAACCCGAUUGGCAUCCAAACACGCCCACUUUUUCUAGAUUUUUCGUCUUUUUUUUUUGUGCGCUUACACGCGUUUUCGAAAAAGUUU